AGCAAAAACCACAUUCAAUGGGAUGGAGAAAAAUUCGUGCCCAAACCGAUGCAACUGAGCAAAAUCAAUUUGGACAAAUUUCGUGAUUCUCAAUCGUUUCGGGAUCGCAACGUUCCUGUCCGUUACACGACCGCUGAACUGUCGGCACCAAUCAAAAUUAUGGAACAGGCAGCAGAAUUCCCUGUCACUGACACUGCCGAACAGAAAAAUUUAAAGGACGCAGUGAAAGCUAUUUCUAAUCGCUUAGACAACACCAUAAACGACUUGUUUAAAACAAAGAACGAACUGAGGGAUGCGAAGAUUGAAUUGGCUAAAAAAUGUGAAGGGAAUAAGCAGGAGUGGGUGAAAACGAAGGCUGAUUUAACCAAACAACUCGACGAUUUUUCUUCAAAAUUAAAGGUGAAUUCAAAUCAAUUACGUCAAGAACUAAAAGUCGAGCUAAAAGUCAGUGAAGCAAAUCUGAAAAGAGAAUUUUCAGCAACCUCUAAUGAUUUUGAAAAAACAAAAACAAAUUUUGCCACAAUCAGAAUGGAAUUGAGCAACGCCAUGUUCACCGUUAAGGAUGUUGCGGCCAAAUUAAAUGAGAGAACGAGUGAAAUAGUUGACAUUGGUAAAAUGCCAACCUCGUGCACGGACCUGCAGCGAAUGGGGCACAAACUGAGCGGAUUCUUUUCCGUCAAAGGAUCGAAGAAGAUGGAAAUGAUUUACUGUGACUUUUAUCCUAAUGAAAAUGAAAUCCAAAAAAGGAUCGGAUACGUCGACGUCAAAUCGGCGCCAGUCCAUUUUUACGUCACGAGAGAUUCUACAUUUAAACUAACAAACACUCCGAUUCCGUUCAAUUUGGUGCGGAUGAAUGAGGGAAAUGCCAUGGAUUUGGCAUCAGGGAAAUUCACGGCACCGCGACCGGGAAUUUAUUAUUUCUCUUUCACGGGACAUGCGCGUAUUUCAAAUUCAUCGCCUUAUCAUUUCUAUUCCUCUCUUUAUUUGAACGGGUAUAUAGUCGGGUCGAGUUUUGUUAGCGAGGAAAGGGACGCCAUCAAUAAAUUUAGUCCAUUGACCGUCCAGGCGACGCUAAACUUAAAAAUGGGCGAUCAAGUUUGGGUGCAGAUUCAAUAUUAUGGUUUAUCCUCGUAUUUGUAUUCUUUGCAUGACGACGGUGACCGCAUGACCCAUUUCACGGGUUUUCUGCUGGAGGAGGAUAUUGAGGCGUCCCGUUAGAUCUUUUAGGGGAAAUGCCAGAGGGAAGGAAAGAUCUUACGAAAAUUCAAUAACUAAUUUUCAAGUUUCUAUCUGCAAAACUCUGGACGCAACAAGUAGAUAAAACCGAUUUUGAUUGCCAAUAUUGAUUGCCAAUUAAAUCCAGAUUCACAAAAUGGGAGAAACUAGACUAGAAAUAGGGGGGGGGGGGGGGAUUCAUUAGCUAAUUCAUUAAUCGUCAAUGGAUUAUAAUUUUCAAAUUAACUUUUUCAGCUUCACGCUCUUUAUAGCUGCGCAUCGCUGCACACAAAUUCACGCGUCUAUCUGCUAAAUCAAGGGAAGGUCAAACUUGUUUUGAUCCCACCCCCGAAAAAAUCAUUAAAUUUUUCAAUUUGUUUGCCGAUUGCACAUAAAAUAAACGAUGAAACGCUUA